UUUCCCAGAACUGUUUAACAAACGUCAUAUACAGUAGCCUACAGUAUAAAGGCAUCCCUGGUAUGAACACACAUUUUGAAGAUACAAACAUGAUGAAGUUUGUGGUCCUCGCUUGUCUGGUUGCUGCUACCUACGGGUGUGGCUUGCCCACCUUCCCUCCUGUGGUGACAAGAGUGGUGGGAGGAGAGGACGUCAGACCCAACAGCUGGCCCUGGCAGGUCUCUCUCCAGUACGACAGGGAUGGCGAAUGGAGACACACCUGUGGCGGAACUCUGAUCUCCAGCGAGUGGGUCCUCACCGCUGCUCACUGCAUCAGUAGCAGGACCUACAGAGUGUACCUGGGAAAGCACAACCUGGUUGAGACUGAGGAGGCGUCUCUGGCUGUUGAUGUUGCCAAGAUUGUUGUCCACGAGAAAUGGAGUUCCCUCUUCAUCCGUAACGACAUUGCCCUGAUCAAGCUGGAGACCCCUGUCACCUUCUCUGACUCCAUCAUGGCUGCCUGUCUUCCUGAGGCUGGAUUCCUCCUGCCUCACAACGAGCCCUGCUACGUCACCGGGUGGGGACGCACUGUCACUGGAGGUGCCCUCCCUGAUGUCCUGCAGCAGGCCCUCCUGCCCGUCGCUGACCAUGCCACCUGUACCCAGCCUGACUGGUGGGGCUUCAUGGUGAGAGACACCAUGGUGUGCGCUGGAGGAGAUGGCAUUGUGUCCGGAUGCAACGGUGACUCCGGUGGUCCCCUGAACUGCCAGAACGCUGAUGGAGCCUGGGAGGUCCACGGUAUCGUGAGCUUCGGCCUUGGGCUGAGCUGCAACUUCCCCAAGAAGCCUACUGUCUUCACCCAAGUCAGCUCCUACAUGGACUGGAUCAACGCUACCAUGAUGAGCAACUGAGGCAACUACUUGUUGGGAAUCGACUGUCACCAUGUGGAAGUUUUGUUCUAAAUAAAACAUCUACAAUAAGAA